CUGCAGGUUAUUAUCGGCGGGGAUAUCGGUGUUUGUGUCACAAAUAGCCUGUCCGAUGGCUUUGUGCCCGUGCUUCGCGAGAUAGCGGCGACAUUGUUCCCAUGCUGGUGCAUCUUUCAAGAGUCCACUUCGACGAGCUCCUCCCCUGGCCCUGCGAAAGGAGCACUGGUGCUACGACAAUGCGCGUCUCUGCUAUCGCUGGCGCGAUCUUCCUGGUUAGCGCCACGCAUGCGCUGACGCCUCCCCUAGUACGAACACAAAGCGGUGACAUCAAGGGACUCCGCCUCAACGUAUACGGCGAGAAGGUGAACGCGUUCCUCGGAAUCCCUUAUGCAUCGCCUCCAUUGGGGGACUUGCGCUUCCGCAAGCCGUCGCCAAAAGUCUCCUGGUCGGUUCCACGAUGGGCUAGAGCCUUCGGUAAACGGUGCAUGCAAGAGCUCGCUCUGGAUGGGACACCUGAGCACUACGCCGAAGCGCCGGGCAUGAGCGAAGACUGCCUCUACCUCAACGUGUGGUCGCCCGUGAGCGACAAUAGCACCAAGCCCGUCAUGGUCUGGAUCCACGGCGGCAAUUUCAAGGCCGGCUCCUCGGAUAGUCCUGCAUUCGACGGUUCCGUGCUCGCCGCAACGCAGAAUGUGGUCGUUGUAUCGUUCAACUACAGGCUUGGCUUCUUCGGUUUCCUCAAUGCGGUCCACAGCAACGCUUCUGGCAACGCGGGCUUAUUCGAUCAGGUGCUCGCGCUGACCUGGAUUAAGAGCAACAUCGCUGCCUUCAACGGGAACGGCUCGCAAGUGACCCUCUUCGGCGAAGGUGCCGGAAUCGCAGCCAUUCGACUUCUGAUGAUAUCGCCCUCGGCCAGAGGCCUUUUCCACCGUGUCAUCAUGCAAGGAGGCUCUGCGCACGCCGCCAAAGCGGUAGAGAGCACGGGCAGGAGUCUUCUCAAGGCGGACGCCCUGGCCGCCGAGGUGGGCUGCUCCAAAGCGGGCCACUCGAUCGUCUCACACCCCGAAGACGUCAUCGAAUGCCUCAAGAGCCGGUCGGCUCAUGAGGUCCUGCUCGCGCAGAUCGAACUGCGACACCAUGGAAUCGAGGCCACGCUGCCCACGCACGGAACCGAGUUCCUACCGCACAACCCGGAUCUCAUCCACGACCUGAGGGGCUUUACUAACGUCGAGGUCUUGAUGGGCCACAACCGUGAGGAAGGCCGAAAGCUGGUUUCGCGAGUUUUCGAAGGCCGCUUCGAGGCUCUCAAGCAAAACAACAACAUGACGAAGGAAGAUGCUGAGGUUGCGCUCCAUGUUCUGCUGAACACGCAAGGAUACCGGCGACCCGUGGCUACCGAAGUGGCCGGCCACUGUCUUAAGCACGCGGUCGCCUUUUCCGACCACCCGAGGACCCUGGCUGAACUGGUGGAGGGCUGCGCCGCCGAUGUGGCCGCCGGCUGCCCCGCGCUCGCGUUCGCCCGCAAACUGUCCAACGCCGGUCUGACAGUGCACUACUACACGCUCGACUACGUCGACGAAGAAGUCGAAAGCUACUUUCGCACCGAUGCCGAUCACUCUGCCGAGGCUACGCUAGUGUUCGGACUGCCUAUGAGGUUUCCCGGCAAGUUCGAAGAGUCAGACCGAGCCUUCAGCCAAAACAUCAUGACCGCCUGGGCUACGUUUGCGAAACGAGGAAUGCCUCCCGUCUUCGAAGGCACCUUGUGGUCUCGCUUUAGUGAAGCUCGACCAAUGUACUUGGACAUCAGCGAGGCUACGGCGCAUUUAAGAGAAGCGGACACUUCGCUUUGUGGUCUCCUAAAGAAAUAGAAUGGUGCAGAAUGGAACACUUAACCAGAAUAUAUAAUAUAUGGACGUGUCAUGCCUAAUAUGCAAGCGACUGUCGUUCCCUUUAUUUUUCGACUAUGAUAUAAGAGACUAUGUCGGGCUGUGUUUUACUGAGUACAAAUAAACUACUCGGGCAAACUUGAGAA